UUUAUUGUCCAUAUUUUUUGAAUUAAUAUUGUAACUUUUAGUAAGUGAGAGAUUUUGAAUCAAAAUCUCUUACUCAUGAUCCCUUCCAUUCUGCUAUUCAAUUCAACCUGACCCAUCCCACUCCCUAUUUAUUGAAUCAAUAUUGAUGCUCAUGUAUGAAACAAGUGAUACUGGUGAUCAGAGAGUGCCCAAAUGCAAAAUUACUACACUGCACAUAAAGUCAACGACAAACAUCUUUCUCCUUGCUUCUUGCAUCUUGAGCCUUGAUCAUGGAGUUACUCUACACCAUUCUAGGUCUCUUCAUAUUCUUGAUUGCUGUAAAGUAUCAGUAUCUCCGAAAAAAGAACCGAAAACUGCAGCCUCCAAGUCCUCCAGCUCUUCCAAUUUUGGGCCAUCUUCACCUUGUGAAGACUGCCCCUCACCUUGCCCUGCAAAAGCUCUCCAUCAAAUAUGGUCCCCUGAUUUUCCUUCAUUUUGGGAUUCGUCCUUUCCUUGUUGUUUCCUCGCCAUCUCUUGCAGAGGAAUGCUUAACCAAGACCAAUGAUAUUAUUUUCGCGAACCGGCCUGAGUCAGUUUCCAGUAAAUACCUUGGCUACAACUCAACUAUUCUCAUACUCUCCCCUUAUGGAGAUCACUGGCGAAAUCUCCGCCGAGUCACAACCAUCCAUAUGUUUUCUUCGAUUCGACUCCAGCGUUUCUCCUCCAUCUGGACUGAAGAAAUCCAUUUCAUCAUCAAAAAUUUGUUUUCCAGUAACUCUGAUGAGAAAACCUGGAAAGUUAAGGACAUGAGUUCUUUGUUCCGGGAGUUAUUAUUCAACGUGAUAAUGAAAAUAGUUGCUGGAAAAAGAUGGCCAUCUGAUCAGCCAGGUGAUAUAUUUUCACCGCAAGCACUCACUGAUCUUUGUGAUUAUAUUCCAAUCUUGAGGUGGGUUGGCUAUGGAGGGUUGGAGAAAGGUGUAAUCAGUUUGCACCAGAAGAGGGACGAGUUUCUUCAGGGCCUGAUUGAUCAAACACGUAAAGAGGAAGCAGAAGACGGUUCUUGUUCGACAGAGAGAAGGAAAACAAUUAUUCAAAAAUUGUUAUCUCUACAAGAAGAAGAACCCGAAUACUACACUGACGAAAUUGUUAAAGGAAUUAUACAAAUAAUGUUAUCAGCCGGAACACAUACUACAUCUCAGACAAUGGAGUGGGCAUUGUCCAGCCUAUUAAAUCACCCUAAUGUACUGCAAAAGGCAAGAGAUGAGCUAGAAAAAAUGCAGCCUGGCCAUCUGCUAAAUGAUUCCGAUCUCUCCAAAUUGCCUUAUUUACGCUGCAUAAUCAACGAGACACUAAGGUUAUUUCCUGCGGCACCAACUCUUGUGCCUCAUUUUUCAUCUGAGGAUUGCACCAUAGGAGGCUACAAGGUUCCAAAAGGUACAACUUUGUUAGUGAAUGCUUGGGCAAUUCACAGGGACCCCAAUGUUUGGGAAGAGCCCAACAAGUAUAAGCCAGAAAGAUUUGAAGGAAUGGAUGAGGGAGGGUGGAAUGAAGGGUUCAAAUUUCUUCCAUUUGGAAAAGGCAGGAGAAUUUGUCCAGGAGCUGCCAUGGCCAUAAGGUUGGUUGGGUUGACAUUGGGCACCCUGAUUCAAUGCUUUGAGUGGGAAAGAGCAGGGCCUGAAAUGGUGGAUUUGGAAGAAAAUCAAGGAGCAACUUUGGGCAAGGCCAAGCCUUUGGAGGCAUCUUACAGGCCACGCCCACCGAUGAUCAAAACAAUUUCUCAGCUUUAAGUUAGAUAUGUUGUUCUAUUGAGAUAAAUUGGGAUUUCUUUUUUUUUUUUUGAAUUUAAAUAUCAAGAUAUGAGUGUCUGAUUUUUGGUUUUGAGC